UCAAGAUGGCGGCUGAGGUAGAGGAAGAAGCAAAAUUAAUUUCAGUUUCGAACUUUGAAUUUGAUGCAUUUUCGCAACUUUUUCAGCUAAAACAGAUUGAAAAAUUAUGCGACAUCUCCCUGAAAGUUGGCGAUAAUUCAGUAAAAGCUCAUCGAGUAGUAUUAGCAGCGACAACUCCUUAUUUCAAUGCAAUGUUUACGGGAGAUAUGUUAGAGAGUCGACAAGAAGAGGUCACUUUAUACGGAGUCGAAUUUAAAGCGCUUGAAUUACUUAUUAAUUACUGUUAUAGCGGUACGAUAGAGAUUACUACAAAAAACGUUCAAAGUCUUCUAGUAACAGCCAGUUUACUACAACUUUGGAAAGUUAAGGAUGCCUGUGUCGAUUUUUUUCAGGAAAGACUCCAUCCGAAUAAUUGUCUUGGAAUUCUCAAUUUUGCGGAGGCAUUCAGCUGUGUGACAUUAUCACAAGCGGCUGAUGCGUACACUGUUCAAAAUUUUAAACAUGUUAAUUCUGAUGAAUUUUUUGCGCUCUCAUAUGAAGAGAUGUCUAAACUUUUGACUCGUGAAGACUUAAACAUUCGUUCGGAAGAGCAGGUGUUUGAAGCCGUUAUGAAAUGGAUCAAAAAAGACGAAGAAGACCGUAAAGUAUUUUUGCCAAAUUUGCUGAAGAAUGUUCGUCUCGCUCUGCUCUCACCGCAGUAUCUUUGUGAUAAAGUAUGCAAUGAUGAUCUCAUUCGAAACAGUCUGACGUGUCGAGACCUUAUUGAUGAGGUCAAGAAUUAUUUUCUCUUACCUGAACGAAGAUUGAACUAUACUGGUAUAUUCGCUAAACCAAGGAAAUGUAGCGAGGCAGCAGGAGAGAUUUAUGCUAUUGGUGGACUCACUCAAUGUGGUGAAGCUCUUAGUACGGUUGAGAAGUUUGACCUACUUAAUUUGAGUUGGCAGUCGUGUACUUCAAUGUUAACUCUACGGACUAGAGUAGGUGUUGCAGUUCUUGGCAGCAAGUUGUAUGCACUGGGUGGGUAUGACGGAAACGAUCGACUAAGUACAGUUGAAUUCUUUGACCUCGAGGAAAAUACAUGGUGCAAAACAUCAUCAAUGAAUACCCGCAGAAGUGCCCUUGGUGCAUCCACGUUGAAUGGCAACAUAUUUGUAUCUGGGGGCUAUGAUGGUCAUAUAUCCCUACAUACUGUUGAGUUUUAUAAUCCUGAGACAAAGCAAUGGCGAUUUACAUCUCCAAUGACUACCUUGCGCAGUGCAGCUGGGAUGGUGUCUUUGGGCGGCAAACUUUAUGUGGCUGGUGGUCACAAUGGUUUGCAGAUAUUCAGUUCAGUGGAGUGUUUUGACCCACAGUUGAACACAUGGACAUCAAUGCCUGGAAUGCAGUCAAGACGAUGUCGUGUUGGUGUGGUUGAAAUGGAUGGUUGUCUCUACGCCUGUGGUGGUUAUGAUGGUAAUUCCUUCCUUAAUUCACUGGAGCGUUAUUGUCCAAAGGAAGGUACAUGGUCUUUGCUGGCAUCCAUGAGUUCCAGAAGAAGCAGAGUUGCCCUAGCAACACUUGGUGGUCAUCUUUAUGCUAUUGGUGGUUAUGAUGGUAUGUCUAACCUCAGUACCAUGGAGAGAUAUGAUCCAGUAGCUGACCAAUGGAUGCCAGCACCAUCCAUGAUCUUGCAUCAAGGUGGUGUUGGUGUUGGAGUUUUACCUCGUGUCUGAUGAAGAUAUCUCAGAAUGAUGAUGUUCAAUCUUAGACUUUUGAUUGGAUAUUAAAGUUUUUAUGCUCUGACAUAAGUCAAACCUGUUUUUAACAUACUGUACAUAUUUGGCCAGGUUGGGUUUGUGGACCUGAGGCAAUAUGCUUAAAUGUUCAAAGAUAAUAUUUAGCUAAAUUAUUAGCAUCAAACCUUCAAACUGUAAAAGGUUGUUAAAUGCCUUUUAA